GAAACGCUUGUGAGAUUUUGGCGGAUUCAGAGAGUAAAACCAAACACAAGUCUCUUAUCGUAGAUGCAGGAAGAAAGCUGUUUGUGAAAGUCACAAAUCUCCAGUUUGAUGACAGUGGAGUGUACUGGGUUGGCGUUGACAAAAUGUAUGCUGACAUCAUGACUUCAGUUACCGUGGUUAUCACUGACGUUCCAGUAUCUAAACCCAGGCUUUGGCCUUUGAGCUCUCUGGCGGACAGGUCGACAUGUUGGGGGAAGUCAGUGACUGUGCGCUGUGGGAGCAAAAGGGGCACUGGCAUUCGUUACGCCUGGUACCUCGAGGACCUCCUGCUGUGCCACUCGUCAGACAUGAGCCUCGAUUGCAGCUCGGUGGAAAAAGACAAUGACUAUUACUGUGUUGCCAGUAAUGACAUUAGCAGUGAGAAGAGUGAUCUCCUCUCUGUGGAGGUUCUGAUGCCUGCAGACGACAGCUGCAUCUAUGUGGUUAAGAUUCAGGGCCAACCUAUUUAUGACUGCGCAGACAGAAUGAGGACAACCACAGUCCAACCAACACCUCUGCAAACCUGCCACGCCACCAAGAACAUCCACUCUGACACACGAAACCAGUCUCUACAGCUCAAUCAAACUGAUCACAAUCUGUUUUUCAGCAGGACAUGGAGUGGGCUGCCACUCUGGUAUUCAGUGCUGCGCUGGAGUUCUUUUGCAUCCCUGUUGAUAAUUCUGUGCAUAAUUCUUAAAUGUACAAAGACGGGAACCAAAAAAUAUGCCAAGAGGAGGAAGAAGGUUCGUUGCAGGCAGAAUCGCCAUUUGGCUCAUUGACCUGUUUU